AGAAAGAAGAAUCUCAACUUAAUUAAACUGUUAUGUCUCAAGUGAUCACGAUUAGGGUGUCACUUCACUGUGAGAGAUGCAGGAGGAAGACUAUGACUAUAUGCAUGACUGCAGAUGGUGUUAAUUCUGCUGCUUUUGAAGGAAGAGACACAAUAGUGAUGAGAGGAGAAAGAGUAGAUGCAGCAGCAGUCACAGCACGUCUGAGGCAGAGGGUGAGCAAACAUGCUAUGUUAGUCAGUGUAGCCAAUGAUGGAUGAACAGAUUCAUAAUCAUCAUCAUUUAGA